UUCUGCCCUGUUCACGCGCAGUUUGGUGUUCAUGAAGAUCGAGGCGUGUGUCUGCGCACCCUGCCCAUUCCCGUCCAGCCUAAGCUUCUUGCUCCCAUGUUUUGAGCGCGCUCCGGUCGAAGACGGUCCACCAUGUCCACCGGGUCACUCAGCGAUGUCGACGACGAGCUCCUGGAUGGCAUCCUGAAGUUUGGCUCCUCCGGGAAAGACUCCAACGAGAGCACGGAGGAGAGCUCCAACUGCGAGGGCACUUGCGCAAACGAGGAACUGAGAGAUGCGCCUGGCAAAAAACGUAAGACGGCGUCCCGGAAAACGGCACCCAAGGGUGGGGCGCAACAGGAGGGCAAGCAUGUGCAGAGGAACGCGGCCAACGCCCGGGAAAGAGCCAGGAUGCGAGUCCUGUCCAAAGCGUUCUCCCGGCUGAAGACAUCCUUGCCCUGGGUACCGCAUGACACCAAGCUCUCCAAACUGGAUACGCUGCGCCUGGCUUCCAGCUACAUAGCGCACCUCCGGCAGAUACUAGCCAACGACAAAUACGAAAACGGAUUUAUCCAUCCCGUUAACCUGACGUGGCCUUUCAUGGUCGCAGGUAAACCGGAGAACGAUCUGAAGGAGAUCCUGAACACAACACGGUUGUGUGGAACGACGGCGUCUUGAUGCAGCUGAAACGGACACUAUUUUUUAAGAGCAACGACGAUUUACCGAGAGAACCCCCCCCCCCAACAAACAAUCGAACAAACAUCUUGACUGAAAUGCAAGUCUCAUCUCCGCAGACUUUUGAGUGGGAAUAACGGAGGGAGUGUGAACCUCCCUGCUUCGUUCCCGUAAAGAAAAACAAAUCUAUAUAUUUAAAUGCAUUCUGUCAGCUGUUGUCUUUGCUGGUUCAAAGAUACUUUAAACUGCUUUGUUUUUUAUUUUUUUUUUAUAGUCUGCUGAUGCAUUUUUCUUAUCUGUGCAGGCCCCUUUGGCAGCAUGAUGGAUGGAUAUGCACAUGAAUUUUUUCCACUGUCUCAAAUAGUUGUACAGAUUACAUGUAUAUAAAAUAUAUUUGUAUCACUUUUA